AAGUGCAACUCUUUUCCAUCAACUUUUGGCGCUCGCCCCAUGUGGCGCUUCCUCCUCCUGGCUCCGGCCCUGGCGGAGCUUCAGGAGGCCCUUACAGGAGACGAUGAGUGCAGAGACGACACGUGCUCUGCCACGUUCCUGCAGAUGAAAGGUUUUGCAGGCAGUAAUUCCAGCAACAACCUGACCAGCAAUCUCACCGGCAACCUCACCGCGAACCUGACGAACGGCGACUUCUCGGCCAUGGAAAGAGCUGGCUGGUCCUGUCGUUAUUACGGCUGCCGAGGGAGCUACCACCGCGAGUUCUACUGCCAAUGCAACCCAUCGUGCUCGCGCUACGGGAAUUGUUGCUAUGACUUCUCCUACACCUGUCCUUCAGCCGCUUCCCGGCGUCGCCGGCGCCGCGCCCCCCCGCCCGACACCCGCCGGCGCCGGCGACGGGCGCCGCCGCCGCCGCCGCCGCCCGCACCUUCGCCGUCGCCGUCGCCGUCGGGCGGGCGAGUGCUGACGGUCUUCCAUCAAACGAGCCCGCAGGCAUGCAAGGCCAUCCUUAAGACGGGCUUCCGCCGGGGCUCGGAUGGCUGGUGCGGGGGGGCCAUCUACUUCGCCAUGAGCCCUCAGGCCACCAAGACGAAAGCCAUCGGCACUCAAUCGCAGGGAGGCUGCGUCAUCGAGGCCCGGGUGGAUGUGGGCCGUGUCGCAUACUUGGGCGGUGACUGCGGAGGGAAGAAGGAGCAGGUGCCCUCCGGCUACGACUCGGUGUCCUUUGACCCGGGCGAUGGGAAGGAGGUCGUGAUCUGGGACAAGUCUCGUGUUAAAAGCAUGAAGAUCAUCCCCUACGACCCUGCGUGGAGCCCAAGCUGAGCAUCUCUGAGACUGAGCUCCGGCAUUUAGCCCCGGCGAUGGCAAAAACGACCUCUUCGAGGGGCGAGCUUAUCUUCCCGUGUCUGAAA